AUGGUUGCAUUUCGUUUCCCCGGCGGUGAUGGGCAUUCCGCAACCAAGUCCGCCAAAUGGAAGAAGACUUUCAUCCGCCUGCAGACUCCUGGCAAGAGAAAAGACGAGGACUUUGAGGGUCAGGCUUCUUCUACACCUCAUGAUUCGCCGGUUUAUUCGUCUAAGAUCAAUUGUGCCGCUGGGUUCGCAUCUUAUAACCAUAACGGCAAUGCUCCAAACAUGAAACUGCUUUCUCAUGACAAACCUAUGGAAGGACCUGGAGAUCUGGGCGACUCGAUUCAGAUUUACGCUGGAGUCUUUCACAUAACCCUCGACUGCAACCCAUCACUCAUGGCUUUCUCGGGACAGUUCUUGGCUUCCAUGCAUCGGGGCAGCGCCCAGUUCUCCUCACGCUCCAAGGAACCCAUCCGAAGUGGGCUGGAUAUAUCUUCAGACAUUCUGGUAAUUAACACCGCUCUACGCCGAGAGCGAGCUCACGAGGUCGACUUGGAGAAGUCACGAAGAUACCGGGCUAAACAGCGCGCUGUAGACCCGACCGGGUAUGUAAAGCGUGUUAAUGCAGAUAAGGCAGCAUGGGGGCAAAAGAACCCGCAAAAGGUGUUAGGCAUCGCCGCAAGGGUCAGAAGCAAGGCCAAAGACCCAAAACGCUUUUUUUACGAGGAUUGCAAUACGAAUUUGCCCUUGCCUCUCAUCUAG